AAAAAUCUCUAUCGAUUUCACAGCACAAAAAUCUCUGACGCUUUUGAGAUUUUUCGAGUGUUGUAGAAUUUGAGAAAAUGGAGGUUUCGUCUUCACUCAAGCUCUCAUCUUCAUUAUCUCCUUCCAUCAUCAACCUUCAGGGUUCUUCAUCAAGUGUUGAUUUUAAACUCUCUAAAUACAACACUUCACUUCCUAAACCGUUUCUUCAACUUGGUGAUAGAAGCCGACGUCUUCGUGACCAACAAGUUUCACAUUCUCUCAAUCUAAGGUCAUAUAGAAAUCGGGUCACUGCGAAAUCAGCCUCUCAAGGUUGGGAUUUUGGUAGAUUCGUCAAAACAUUGUACUUCUUCAACGGACCACCAUCUCCUCUAAAGUUUGUAUCAUCAGUGUUUGAGAAACUUACUAACGGAUCAACGGAGGAACCGGUUAAUCAAAUGGAAACUACUGGAAUCAUACUUGUGGCUGGAGCUACUGGUGGUGUAGGAAGGAGGGUUGUUGAUAUCUUGAGGAUGAGAGGGUUGCCUGUUAAAGCAUUGGUGAGAAAUGAAGAGAAGGCUCGGAAAAUGUUAGGACCUGACAUUGACUUGAUUGUUGCCGAUAUUACAAAGGAGAACACAUUGGUUCCUGAAAUGUUCAAAGGAGUGAGGAAAGUGAUCAAUGCUGUUUCUUGUAUUGUUGGUCCAAAGGAAGGAGAUACACCUGAGAGACAAAAAUACAAUCAGGGGGUCAGGUUCUUCGAGCCAGAGAUCAAAGGGGACUCACCUGAGUUAGUGGAAUAUAUUGGAAUGAAGAACUUAAUCUAUGCGGUUAGAGAUGGUGUUGGACUUGAGAACGGGAAGCUUAUUUUCGGUGUCGGGGAUAACACAUUUAAAGAUCUACCUUGGGGAGCCUUGGAUGAUGUUGUAAUGGGAGGUGUCAGCGAAAGUAACUUCCUAGUAGAUCUAACUGCUGGUGAAAACGGUGGACCUACCGGGAUUUUCAAAGGAAUUGUUUCAACAACAAAUAAUGGCGGAUUUACGAGUGUCCGAACCAAGAACUUUCCUGAGGCAGAGAAUGUCUCGGCAUAUGAUGGUCUAGAGCUAAGACUAAAAGGUGAUGGACUCCGUUACAAGCUAAUCGUCCGGACAAGCCAAAAUUGGGAUACUCUUGGUUACACCGCUAGUUUCGACACUUCACCAGGCCAAUGGCAAUCUGUACGCUUACCUUUCUCGUCUCUAAGACCUGUACUUCGUGCACGUACAGUGACAGAUGCACCGCCUUUUAAUGCAAGCAGUAUCAUUUCACUACAGCUUAUGUUUAGUAAAUUUGAGUAUGAUGGUAAGCUUAACCCGACUUUUAAAGAAGGACAAUUCGAGCUUCCUUUAUCGAGCAUUCGUGCUUAUAUCCAAGAACCUGUCACUCCGAGGUUUGUUCAUGUUGGCUCUGCGGGAGUGACCCGACCAGAGAGACCCGGUUUGGAUCUAAGCAAACAACCUCCGGCUGUGAGAUUAAACAAGGAGCUUGAUUUCAUUCUCACUUACAAGUUAAAGGGAGAGGAUCUGAUACGCGAAAGCGGGAUUCCGUUUGCAAUUGUACGGCCAUGUGCUUUAACAGAAGAACCUGCCGGAGCUGAUCUCAUUUUCGAACAAGGAGACAACAUUACGGGGAAGGUAUCAAGAGAUGAAGUAGCACGUAUAUGCAUCGCUGCAUUGGAAAGCCCGUCUGCUCUAAACAAGACAUUCGAGGUUAAAAGUACAGUUCCGUUUAGUGAGCCAUUCACGGUAAAUCCUGAGAAUCCUCCACCGGAGAAAGACUACAAUGAGUAUUUCAAGAAUCUGAAAGACGGAAUCACCGGUAAAGAAGCUCUAGAACAGAGCACUGCUGCAGUUUAAAGAAGUUUCCUAUACAGCUAUACUUAUGUUGUAACUUUUUGUUUUUAGUUUCUUCCGUCUGAAAAAAAGUCUUUUAAAAAGUAUAAUAAAAGAGUCGUGUAGAAACCUGUUUCUCUGUUUGUAUAUUCCAUAUAUACGGAUUCGUACAUUGUAGAUUAGAUUUUACAAAAAACUUACUGACGACAACAGUAAAGAUUGUACCUUUUGAUCCGUGAAGGAGGUUCAACAAGAUUCUGAAA